CUCGCCCUAAUUCUUGUUCUUUUAGGAGGGAAAUUGUCUGUUCACUCUCAAAGAGCCCGCUUAUUGCAAUUUCUUUUCCAGAGUCCCGACGUGCAGGUAAUGCCGGCUAGUCACAUUGCGCCCUGGAGAACUGACGCCCAGGGCCAUCUUGCCCCUGACGCUAAGGGCGACUCCAAAACAGACUAUUCAAGAUGGCGACUGCUGGAUGACGAUGGCCGCCAGACAUGGCAUUACCUUGAAUCCGAUAAAGAGAACAAAGAAUGGCCUCAAUCAGCCGCCGACAAGUAUUUCCUGGGCCUCCCCACGGGACUCCCAAAGCUUCCAAAAGCUAAAACUCCCCUGCAAUGUGCUGAGAAUGGUCUGGAAUUUUUUUCCCAGUUGCAGCUCCCACCUGGAAACUGGGCCUGCGAGUAUGGAGGUCCGAUGUUUCUUCUCCCAGGGUUGAUCAUCACCUACUACGUGACCAAGACCCCCAUUCCUCCAGAGUAUGCCACCGAGAUCAUUAGAUAUCUCUUUGCCCGACAGCAUCCAGAGGAUGGUGGCUGGGGCCUGCACAUUGAGGCUCAUAGUUCCGUCUUUGGCACUAGUAUGAACUAUGUUGUGCUGCGUUUGUUGGGCGUCAGCGAGGAUGAUUCGCGCAUGGUCAAAGCCCGAGGACUGUUGCACAAGUUCGGAGGGGCCAUCUACGGGCCUCAUUGGUCUAAAUUUUGGCUGAGUAUUCUCGGUGUUAUGGAGUGGGACUGCGUCAACCCAGUUCCUCCCGAGCUUUGGCUUGUUCCCGACUGGGUUCCAUUUGCACCUUGGCGAUGGUGGAUUCAUAUGCGCCAGGUCUUCCUGCCGAUGUCUUUUCUGUGGUCUAAGAAGUUUACUCAUCCUCUGGAUCCCCUGACCAAGCAACUGAGGGAGGAGCUCUACACCCAGCCCUAUGACUCGAUCAAUUUUGCCAGCCACCGGAACUCCAUCCACAAGGCGGACAACUACUACCCUAAAACAUGGCUUCUAAACACGCUUAAUCAAUUUCUUGUCAGUGUCUGGAACCCUUUCCUUAGGGUCUCCGCGGUAGUCAAGCGUGCGGAGGAAUGGACAUGGGAAUUAAUCCGGAUGGAAGAUGAGAAUACUGACUAUGCUGGCCUGGGACCUGUUAAUAACCCAAUGAACAUGAUUGCUUGCUAUGUCCACGAUGGACCGGACAGCUAUUCAGUGCGGCGCCACCGAGAACGGCUCCACGACUACAUGUGGCUGAAGAACGAAGGAAUGCUGAUGAACGGCACCAACGGUGUUCAGGUGUGGGAUACCGCUUUUAUUACCCAGGCCAUCGUUGUUGCAGGCUUCGCAGAUGAACCCAAGUGGCGACCGAUGCUCACAAAAGCGUUGGAAUUCCUGGACGCGCACCAACUGAGGGAGAAUGUUCCAAACCAAGAAAAAUGCUAUCGCCAACACCGAAAGGGCGCAUGGCCGUUCAGCAAUAAAACCCAGGGAUACACCGUCAGUGACUGCACAGCGGAAGGUCUGCGAUCGACGAUCCAACUUCAAGAGAUGCACAACUAUCCUAAGCUGCUUUCGGAGCAACGUCUCAAGGAUAGCGUGGACUGCUUGCUGCUGAUGCAGAAUCCUUCCGGUGGAUUCACAGAGUACGAGACUACCCGCGGUUCCCCAAAGAUCGAAUGGCUCAAUGCUGCUGAGGUGUUUGGUGGGAUCAUGAUUGGCUAUGACUACCCCGAAUGUACGACUGCUUCGGUGACUGCGCUCUCUUUGUUCAGCAAAUACUACCCCCACUAUCGUACAGACGAGAUUAAAGCAGCGAAGGCAAAGGCCGUGAAGUACAUCAAACGUGUCCAGAGACCCGAUGGCAGCUGGUACGGUUCCUGGGGUAUUUGUUUCACCUACGCCGCUAUGUUUGCGCUGGAGAGUCUUGCAAGCAUCGGAGAAACAUAUGAAACCAGCGAGAACUCCCGCCGUGGAUGCGACUUCCUCCUCUCCAAGCAAAAGGAGGACGGAGGAUGGGGGGAAUCGUACCUGAGCAGUGAGACACACCAAUACGUCCAGCAUGAACAGUCCCAGGUAUGCCAGACAGCUUGGGCCUCUCUUGCCCUGAUGGAGGCGGGCUACCCGCACAAGGAGCCGCUCGAGAAGGCCAUGAAGCUCAUGAUGUCUCGACAACAGCCGAACGGCGAGUGGUUGCAAGAGGCUAUCGAGGGAGUAUUUAACCAGUCUUGCAUGAUCUCCUACCCGAACUACAAGUUCUACUGGCCCAUUCGAGCUCUCGGUCUGUAUAGCAAGAAAUUCGGGAACGAGGAAAUCGUGUAAAUCAACCACUUGCAUUUUCAGGUUUCGCCAGUAACAACAGGCUCUGCACUAUUAGAAAGCGCAAAGGGGACACCGCAACACUCACGGACAUCUAUAAUGAACUUAGAAUAGCGUCUAAUCAAU